CACAAAUUCACAUUAUUCUUCUUGAAAAAAAAUUUAAUCUUUAAAAAGGAAAAAUUGAAAGAAUCACAUUUAUGUUAUAGUUUAGCUUACUUUAUACACCAAACUUAGUAAAGUUAGAGAGAGAAACAAGUUGAUCUGAUCAUCAGAAACCAUGAACAUGGCGUGUGUGAGCGUAGGAAUUGGGAUUCCAAAACCAUCAUUUAUCCACCCAAAACCAUGGAAAUCUGUAGCAAUUUCCCCAAUUACAAGAAGAGCAGAUCUCAGAAUUGCAAAAUCAUCAACAUCAUCAUCAUCAGGAGGAGUCGAAGAAGAAGAAGAAGAGAAAAAACUGAUAAAAUUCGAAGGGACUCGGAGGAGAGAGAAAGAGCUAACAGAGAUGAUCCAGAAGAAGAUUCGAGAAGCUGAAGAGGUUUGUAGCCAAGACAAAACAUCCGACGGCUGUAAAGUGGCGUGGGAUGAAGUUGAAGAAAUCAGCGCCGCUAAAUCUCAUCUUCGUCUUCAAUUGAUGCAUUCCGGUGAUCCUCUUCAGAGUUUUUGUCAGGAACAUCCUGAAACUGAAGAAUGCCGCACUUACCAGGAUUAGUUUGUACGGACUGUUCAUUAAUUGGAAUUACGGUUUAAGUUUGAUAUCCGUUAUGUGUCUCUCUCUACUGUAAAAUGUAACGCUGUUUUUAUUAAUUGUAAUCAACAACAUCUCUUUUUCUGUUAA